AUGAGUAGAUCCCGGAGUUUCUCGCUGCGGCGCCUGCAGAUGGAGGUUCUUGUCGCCGUGGGCGCCUGGGCGCUCUCUUCUGUCUGUCAGAAUCUGUCCCCUGACAGCAGAAUAGGCGGUUUGCUCUGCAAUCGCGGGAUUCUGGACUUGGACCUGUCACCUUUGGUACCCAAGCUCUCGGCUGCCGCAAGCGUGAUCUAUCCCAACGACACCGCGGCUUUCGACUUGGCGACGUCUCGGUGGUCGUCAUACCAGACUCCCACUAUCAGCGUUGUUGUGGUUCCCGGCACUGAGAGCGACGUUGCAGAGACCGUAAAAUUUGCGGCCGAGUUCAACUUACCCUUUCUUGCCGCCAACGGCGGCCAUGGGGCCAUCAGCACAGUCGGGAGGAUGCAGAGCGGAAUCGAAAUCUGGAUGAACCAGCUCCAGAGCGUUGAGAUCGCAGAGGAUGGAAAGACUGCCACCAUCGGUGGCGGUGCAUUGUCCACGAACGUCACCCAAGCUCUUUGGGCGGCAGGAAAGCAGACAGACGGCACCUUGACGACGAUCGACAACACAUCUGACCUCUGGUGGGCUAUGCAAGGAGCUGGUCACAACUUCGGCAUCGUGACUUCAGUCACCUCGAAGAUCUACGAUAUCGAAUAUCCCGACUGGGCCUACAAGUCCUAUGUUUUCACUGGCGACAAGUUCGCUGAUGUCUACAACAAUGUCAAUGUCGUCAUGAACGGGAGUCAGCCGGUGGAUGUCGGCAAUUACGCGUUCUUGUACAACGAUCCCACCACUAGUGACAAGCCUCUUCUCAUGUUCUAUAUCCUUCAGGAGGGAGUCACAACUGUGAGCUCACAAUACACAGCUCCUUUCGAUGCACUCGAGCCCACAACUACCAACGCCGCCUCCGGCAGCUACACCGACAUCCCCACCUGGACCGCAAUGAGCCUGGACGACAUUAUUUGCCAGGAUGCAGGAACUGCUGGGCUCCGGUUCCCGGUUGAUCUUGAAGUCUAUAACGUCACGGCGCUGCAGAACGCAUAUAACCUCUUCGCGACCGCCACCCAAGAAACCCCCGCGCUCAACGGAUCUAUCUUCCUGUUCGAGGGGUACACUCUCCAGGGCGUACAGUCCGUGCCCCACGAGUCGACCGCGGUCAGCUACCGAGGAGACCGCCUGCUCGUGGCGCCCGUCCUGGUCUUUGAGCCGGAUGGAGGGGCCCUCGACACCAAGGCUAUUUCGGUCGGCCAGGAAAUACGAGAUGCCAUCCGCGAGGGUACCGGCCAGGACGAGUUCCACGCGUACGUCAACUACGCCUUCGGAACGGAGACGAACCAGGAAAUAUAUGGAUAUGAGCAGUGGCGGCAAGAUAGGUUGUUGGCGCUCAAGGACAAGUACGAUCCGAAGCGGAGGUUCAGCUUCUACGCACCUAUAGCUUAG